UUUUUUUUUUUUUUUUCUCUUCUUUUCUCUCCUUUGCAUUCCAUCUCCCGCCCCAACUGAGUCGACAACAACUUCGGAUUGCCUUAGACAAGUGACUCCCCUCGACUUUGUCGGCGCCACCGCCAAGUGCUCUUUUCGGUCGCUCCUUUUCCCUUCCGGUCCGUUCUACCUUCAUUGGUCGUGCGAUCGGCUAAAGGUUGAUUGAUCUCCGGACGUUGGUGCCAGCGACCCUACCUUUUCCCGGGAUCGCCAUCGGUUCGAGAUACCGACAACGUUCGUCUUGGAACGAUAUCCCUACUGCAAGUCCUCUUCACGUCUCGCUAUUGCUUAGAUCGCAAAGAUGCUUCUUCCCAAGGGUGGUGUAACGUGGAAGUCGGCGAAGGCGAGGCUGCCUCCAUGGAGGGCCAUUCUGGUCCUGGUGACGCGGACUCGUUUCCUGGUGUCAUUGGCCCUCACCGGCUUGUUGAUCUUGCUGUGGCGUGGUAUCAGCAAGUCCGCUUCGGAGAUGCAAAAUUUCUACUGUUACGGGCCUUCCAAGUCGCCAAUGGACAUGAGCCUCAACGAAAUAUCCGAGUGGAAUGCCCAUAUGCAAACCCCAGUCGUCUAUAACCAUCACGAAGCUUACGAAGUCAACUCCUCUACCAUUCACAACAUCAACCUCAACCCCAUUGGCUCGAGUGCUCAAGCUGUCGCAAACGCCGAACGAGUGCUCAUCCUGACGCCGCUCAGAGAUGCUGCCCCAUAUUUGCAAAAGUACUUCGAGCUGCUCUAUAAGCUGACCUACCCUCAUCACCUCAUUGACCUGGCUUUCCUCGUCGGCGAUUCCAUGGAUGACACCGAAAGCGUCCUCGUCUCUGAGUUGAACCGGAUCCAGGAACAAGGUGAUAAGAUUGCGUUCCGCAGUGCGAGCAUUGUUAAGAAGGACUUCGGGGCCGAUAUAAACAUGAACGUUGAGGAUCGGCACUCGUUCGCCGCCCAGGGUCCGCGCCGUAAGGCUAUUGGCCGGGCACGCAACUAUCUGCUGUACUCCGCCCUGAAGCCUGACCACUCCUGGGUUUACUGGAGAGAUGUGGAUAUUGUCGACAGCCCCGAGACUAUCCUUCAGGACUUCAUGGCCCAUGACCGAGAUAUCCUCGUUCCAAAUAUCUGGUUCCACAGAUAUAAGGACGGUGUUGAUGUCGAGGGUCGCUUUGACUACAACUCGUGGAUUGAGUCUGACAAGGGGCGCCGGCUCCGACAAACCCUCGAUCCGGACACCGUGCUGGCUGAGGGCUACAAGGAAUAUGAUACAGGCCGCCAAUAUCUUGUUUCCAUGGGCGACUGGAGAAAUAACAAGGACGAAGAGGUCGAGCUGGACGGCAUUGGCGGUGUAAACAUUCUCGUCAAGGCCGACGUCCAUCGUACAGGAAUCAAUUUCCCCGCAUAUGCCUUCGAGAACCAGGCCGAAACCGAGGGAUUUGCGCGCAUGGCGAAGCGAGCGGGAUACCAGGUGUACGGCUUGCCGAAUUACGUUGUGUGGCAUAUCGACACCGAUGAAAAACCCGGCAAUCUUGGAGACCGUAAAGCGUACUAAGCGCGUGGCCGGACUUGGUCCUUUUCUCACCGAGCCGGCGGCGUUCGGUUCUUUAUUUUCUCCAAGAUUUUAAUACCCUUUUCCCCGUUGAUGUCUGUGGUUCACAACAUGGGAUUCUUUUCCUUCUCGAUACUUGUGCUUUUUGCCUUUACCAUUCCCCCCCACUUGGACGUUUGAAACGGACAUCUCAUGGUUCCGGUAAUUAGUCUUCUUCAUGUCGCGUUCUAGGGAUCGUGCUGUUUCUUUUCUAUUUUUUUUUUUUUUUUU